GAAACUUGUACUAAUAAUUGUGACAUUCGCUCCCGGUGUGAUUUUUGGACUUCUUUUCUGCGGUGUUUUUCUGGCAAAAUCCCACGGAAAAAUGGACACAACUAGUCUAACAUCUGCACAGAAGGAUGAACUGAUGGAUCAGGUGAAGCAGCAAGUUGCUGUUGCACAGGCACAGGAAUUAUUAGGCAAAAUGACUGAAAAGUGCUUUAGGAAGUGCAUUAAUAAGCCAGGAACAUCUCUGGAUUCCUCAGAACAGAAAUGCAUUGCAAUGUGCAUGGAUCGCUAUAUGGACUCUUGGAACCUCAUAUCGCGCGCCUAUUCCGCGAGACUUCAGCGGGAGCGAAGUAAUAUGUAAAGAAAAAUAAGUAGAGUAGACGGGAAUACCUCCAAAAACUAGGUAGUUUGGUUCAUUAUUUUGUAAAAGUUUCUGUACUUUUUAGUCAUUACAAUUCGUUGCAUAAUGAUAAAAACACGUUGUACUAAAA